AUGACGUCUCGUCUCACCCGCAUGUUUUCACGGACCGAUCAAAAGGAUGUCGAUGCUGCAAAUCAUCCUCUAAGAGAGUCCUCUUCCGAGGCUCGCAGCGAUCUCGUCAACGGUCAACAACCCCGACCCACACCCGGAAGACAAUCCUCUGGUGAUCAAAGGGACGGCAAGAAGAUGACGAUACUUGGUGUCGCGAAAGAGAAGACCAAAGGCGAAGUGCACCCUGAUCCCUCCUACGCCGCGCACAAACGCUUCGAGGUCGAGGAAGAUGGGUCUCACACCCAUCACCUCAAGUCGGCGAAACGCCAGGAGAAGCUAUCCGACAUGCUCCGCGACUUUAUCGGAGGCGGCAAAAAGAAAGACCAGGAUGGUGGCGAUCAGCAGUUGUCGCUCAUGUCAUCAUGGGUUGACCAGCUCAGAUCUGAGAGGGAUAGUCUCGCCAGUGAGAAGAAAGGCGGCCCAAAUGCCACCGCCAACUUGGUCGAAAAGUAUGGCAAGUGCCAGGAGAUUGUUGGUCGAGGCGCUUUCGGCAUUGUCAGGAUAUCGCACAAACCCGAUCCGAACACGGUCGGGGGGGAGUUACUCUACGCCGUCAAGGAGUUCCGCCGUCGCCCUCAAGAAACGUCGAAGAAAUACCAGAAACGUCUGACCAGCGAAUUUUGCAUCUCCUCCUCUCUCCGACACCCCAACGUCAUCCACACUCUCGACCUCCUCCAAGACGCCAAGGGCGAUUACUGCGAAGUUAUGGAAUAUUGCGCUGGCGGAGACCUAUACACCCUCAUUCUCGCUGCCGGAACUCUUCAGGUCGCUGAAGCCGACUGCUUCUUCAAGCAGCUAAUGCGGGGCGUUGAAUACAUGCAUGAGAUGGGGGUUGCACAUCGGGAUCUGAAACCUGAAAACCUACUCUUGACCACCCACGGUGCUCUGAAGAUUACCGACUUCGGCAAUGGCGAAUGCUUUCGAAUGGCUUGGGAGAAAGAAGCUCAUAUGACGGCGGGCCUCUGCGGCAGUGCCCCCUAUAUCGCCCCCGAAGAAUAUGCCGGGGGCGAGUUUGACCCCCGAGCCGUCGACGUUUGGGCCUGUGGCGUCAUCUAUAUGGCAAUGCGCACCGGUCGACAUCUGUGGAGAGUCGCCCGAAAAGAGGAAGAUGAGUUUUACGAACGGUAUCUUGAAGGUCGAAGAGACGAAGACGGUUAUGCUCCCAUCGAGACAUUGCACAGAGCACGCUGCAGGAACGUCAUCUACUCGAUCCUCGAUCCUAAUCCUGGUCGUCGUAUCACCGCCUCCCAAGUCCUCAAGUCGGAAUGGGGCAGAGAGAUCAAAGUGUGCAAGGCGGGCGAAGAGGGUUACUAG